UUUGCUCCAGAGCCCCUCCCUGAGCAGAGAAGGAUGAGCGCUAAGAUCUUGCUGUGCCUCUCACUGGCUUUCUCCAUCCAGGGUGGAGGCAUGCAGCCUGUGCCUGUGCAGCCUCCUCAGGCCUCAUAUACUGAGGGGUCAACUGCUGUCCUGCAGUGCCCUCUGCAGAGUGGAAAGAUCCAGGACUACCACGUCUUCUGGUUCCAACAAAAGCCAAGCAAAAGCCCAGUCUUUAUCCUGAAGCAUAACAUCAAUGGGCAGAUAGAACGAUCCCCUUCAUUUGAUGCACGUUUUGUGCCCAUCCGGGAUACCCACACCAAUGCCUACGUCUUGCAGAUCCAGAGGGUGCAAACAGAUGAAAGUGCCACCUACUUCUGUUUGGCAGAGGGAAAUUAUUUCCAGACAGCUGUCUCAGGGAGUGGAACACGGCUCAGCAUUACAGGAGGAAAAUCAGCAAAAGCACCAUCUUCGGUCAUCUUGUUGUCUGACGUUUCCCAAAUAUCAGAAUCUCCCAAUGUCCACGCCUUAUGCAUAGUUGAGGAAUUCUACCCAGGCUUACUAGAGAUUAAGUGGAGUGCAGCUGGGAAGGAUAUAACUGAGGGAGUGACCUCUGGACAAGUGACCUUGAAUGACAAUGGGACCUACACCACCACCAGCAUCCUGAAUAUAUCCCGUCGCUCCUUUCACUCUGGCAUCCCUAUCCGGUGCUCUGUGAGUCAUGACUCUUCUGGGGCCAAGACUGAACAGAUCCUGGGACAGUGCAUGUAGAAGUAAAUGGUUUCAACACCUUCCUUCUUCCUGUGCUGCCACUUCUGUUCCCCCUCAAGGCUCUCAGCAGAGUAUGACCUGCUCCACGCUUUUGUUUCACCCUCAGUAAAGCUACUUUCACUCCUUA